AAGACUUCACACAGCCACCGAUUAUGGGAGCCCAAAAGAAGGAUGCGAAGUCCGAGGAGUCUAGCAAAAAUGGGGUGUCUGAAGAGGAGGCGCGGAAGGAGUCGUCCAAAGUCGCAAAACUAGCGACUGAAGCACAGAAGAAAGCCACCGAGCUCAUGGAAGCAGCCACGGCUGCCAAUGACCCCGAAGAACGCCAAAAGCUUAUGGAAGAAGCUCUCGAACAGCAUAUCCAAUCGAAAUCUCUAGGCAAGACAGCAAAAUAUCUGCGGUCAGGUACAUUCCAAGGCAUGGCAGUUGGCGCAGGUCUCGGUAUCGCACCUGGCGCAUCUUUAGGUGCCAUCACAGGAACAUUGGUCGGUGGUGUUUCUUCGACUGCGUUGGGUGGGCUAGGUGCUGGCAUUGGUGCCGCUACUGGUGCGCUGCACGGUCCAUUUUGGGACAUGAGAAAGGGAGCAAGCAAAGGGAUUCAGAAGAUCACAGGUAAUCUGCCAGGUUGGAAGGCCACUGAGAGCCAGAAAAAGCAACUUAAGAAGAUGAUCGGUCAGGUCAACGAGCAAGAUGCACCCAGCAAAGAUGAGCUGGAGAGUUGGGGAAGUGAGAGUACCAGCGAUGAUCAAAAAGAGACCUUGGAGAGCGCAAAGUCGGCCAUGCCGUCAAUACCCUCCACGGAGGGUUCAGAUCAGUCUGAGAAGCAAGAAAAAUCUACAAGAGAAGAAAACCAAAUAGGAGGCGAUCAUGAAGAGCUGUCGAAGCCAGAAGGCUCUACAAAUGAGGAGCGAAAGGGACUGCAGGCUGAGAAAAACGAGUCCAAAGACGAUGUGCGAGAGAUCCACGGCGAUUCGCAUAAUCAGGACGAGAGCGAAGGGGCAAAGCAUGCCGAUAGUGUGCAAGAAGAGUCUCAGGAGAUUCGAUCUACCUACAAGGACGCCGCAGUACAGACUGAAGAAGGUCGCAAGAAGCCGCGCAAGUUGCAGUCAAGGUCAGACAACGGCAACACACCGCCUACCAAACCAGCCCCCACCAGGAAGCAGCCACGGAAACUCGAGAAGAGGUCAACAUGAACUCGCUCGAGCCAUCAAGCCUUACACAGUGUUUUUGCGACUUUGCAUCGAGGUGCUUCGCUUUUCGGUUGUUGUUCAGCUUUCGAGGGCCCAAACUGGACACAAAGAGGCUAGGAAAUCUCAGGUCAGAGCCUUCGGGCCG